ACUGGUGUUAUAAGUUUUCCUAUUUUUGACAACAGAAUGACAUUUAAUUAGUAACAGAUUGCGUUCUUAGGCAGCGGAGAUUCGGACUUCAGCGCCAGUCCAGCCACCAUCGUCACGGCAGUCGGAAUUCAAAGAAAUUAUUUUUCUUGCCUGCUAAGGUUUGCUUAGUGUAAAACUGAUUGAAGAUUGAUAAUUGAAAUUAGUUGUAGGAAAGAAAAGAAUGUCAGCUAGGUUACUGAGAAAAGUCCUCAAAGAACACGAACAACAAAAGCAUCAGGAGCUCUAUCCUGAUGAAGAAGAAGGCGAAGCAGAAUCUCCUGAUUCAAACCCUCGUUCUGUUAUCAAUCCAUUCGACCUUCUCAACGACGAUGGCUCCGAUCAGGAGAAUGAGUCAGAUAUCAUCGAUGAAACUUUGACUGAAUCCAGUGACAAACAAGAAUCAAUCUUGAUGAAAAGCGAGAUGGAUGUAGUGUCGACAUCUAAUCAGAAAUCGAAGAAAAAGAAAAAGAAGAAAAACAAGGCAGCUCCGUCUUCAAAUACAAAGGAAGAUGAAAAGCUAUUUGAUGAGGCGUUAGAAAGUGUUUCGUUGAAUGUUAAUACUUCUAGAUAUCAAUCUGAUCCUAUCAAAACCAAAUUAGAGAAUACGAAAGAUCGUGAGGUGGCUAUUAAGGAAUGUAGACCGUCCAUCUUGCAAGUGGAUCCCAAAUGUCUGAAUCCUGAUAAUGAGCUACGGAGAAUUUUUGGUUCUAAGGUGGUGAAAUCAUUUGAGAAAAGUAACCAACCCAGCAGUUCUAGGCAGCAGGGUCGUGGAGCAAGACGUGGAAGCCAUCAUACUAGAAAGACUUUGUUAGUCUCUCCGUCAGAACAUUGGCCUCGAUGGGAUGGAUCUUUGUCAAUGGAAUCUUUGGAGACUAAGGACGGAUACCAUCAUUUUAGAUAUGUGCACUCGUCUUCUUAUGAACAAACUCAAAGAGCAUUUGAAGCUGCCAAAGCUAUUCAUGAUUUAAAUGGCAUAGCUAGCAUUUUACUACACCAUCCUUAUCACUUAGAUUCUCUUAUAACAAUGGCAGAUUAUUUUAAAUUUAUGGGUGAGCAUCAAAUGUCAGCUGAUGCCGUUGCUAAGAGUUUAUAUGCCAUGGAAUGUGCAUGGCAUCCUAUGUUCACCCCAAUGCAAGGUAAUUGCCAAUUGAAGAUAAGCCAUGAAACAAACAAGCCAAUGUUCGUAACUCUUUUCACUCACAUGAAAAACAUGGAUAGGCGUGGAUGCCAUCGUUCAGCGCUUGAAGUUUGCAAAUUUCUGCUUUCAUUGGAUUUAGAUGAUCCUAUGGGGGCAUUGUUCUGCGUCGACUAUUUUGCAUUGAGGGCAGAGGAGUAUGCAUGGUUGGAACAGUUUUCUGAAGACUUUAAAAGUGACAACUCCUUAUGGAUGUUUCCUAAUUUCUCGUUUUCCCUUGCUAUUUGCCGCUUUUAUCUCGAGAAAGAGGAAACCGCAAAAGAUACUGCUACACUUGCUACCAAGGCAACUUCAGAUGAUUUGAUGAAGCAAGCAUUAAUGCUCCAUCCUUGUGCACUUAAAAAGUUAGUAGCAAAGGCACCUUUGAAAGAUCAGGCGUGGACUAAUAUAUUAAAGAAUGCCAUUUUCCGAUCAGAGAAAACAGGUUCUCUAUCAUUGGACCAUCUUAUCAAUAUAUAUGUAGAGAGAAGUUAUAUCAUAUGGAGGCUUCCAGAAUUGCAGAAAUUGCUUCGAGAUGCAGCUCUACAAGUAGUUGAGACCUUAGAGCAUAACAGCACUGAAGCCAAGGAUUGGGCUUGUGUACGGAAGGAAGUUUUCUCAUCUGAGAACAAUGAGUAUAGCCAUUUGCUCGUUUCCGACUUCUCUGAUACAGUGCCGACUCUCCCACCUGAGAACCUGCAAAAUUUCAUGGGUGACCCAAGGAUGAGGGAAGCUGAGCAAAUUGAAGGAGGUCAAAUUGCUAAUCCACCUGGUGCUGCUCCUAGACCUCGUGAUGUUGCCAAUCGUAAUGCGCUGGCUGUUUUAUUGGAGUCGAUGUUGCCAUGGGUUAAUUAUGGAACUCGAGAAGAUGGAGGGGAUGAUGAGGGGAACGGUGUCAAUGGUCACAACCAAGGCAAUGAGAACUGAAUAGCAAUAUUCUUAUUUCUUUCACAUAAUGUCAGUUAUCUUUGGUCCGAAAUGUAGAUAUCAUUCUAUUGAUAUUGCUGCAAUAUGAUGCAAACAUUUUGUAAUGCAUCAGUGAUACAGAUAUACUCUCUUUUUCAACAGAAGUUAAACCAUGUAGUUAGCUGGCUGGCAGAAAGUAAUUUUGAGGAAUUGCCCGACAUUUGUUAUUCCUUUGUUUGUAGACGUUAUGAUUUUGUUUAAAUUGUUGAUUAAAUCUGAUUUAUUUAA